CAUUCUCCGCAGCCAUGAUAUAUUCUUCAGUGUCAAUGAACCAACCCGUGGUCUAUCUCCUUUAGACACUGUUCUUACCAAUCUUGAUAGCUGGAGAUACAUGGCCCAUGUAAGUGUAGAUCAGAUAUCUGACCACAAACAUGUUUUUUUUAAACUAGAUCUACCUGAAGGUGUAUCCAAACAUGGUCUGCAGGAACCUGACUACUUAAAUAAUCCUGUCAAAACUGUAACUUACAGACAAUUUAAUGAAAGUAACUACUGUUACUUUCAAUGUGUAUUGACUGAUCUGGCAGUAAAGUGGCUCUCUGAAAUAGAAUCAUUUAAUGCUGAACAAUCCUUUGACUAUUUCUUUGAUAAGUUCAGAAAAGUUUUUGACUAUUGUUUUCCCUUAAGAAAUAAAACCUGCAGGACUGUGCCUCCAGCCAAGGCAAAUGCUGGGUGCAGUGUAAACAACUGGUACACACCUGAACUCUCUGCCUUUAAGAACUUUAUCCUAGGUAUCAGUGACUUAUGCAAGAGUAACCCACAAUUGCUGCCCUACCUCCGUGAUCUCAGGAAGCAUUAUCGUUUGAAGGAAUAAGGUUCUACAAUGCCUUACCCAUAACUGUAAGACAACUCUUACCGAACAAGUUUGCGACCACACUAAAAGCUUGGAUGCUUGCCAAUCCAUUCUAUUCCAUA